CAAUAUAAUCACUAUAAAGUCUGCUGCAGGAUUUGUCUCACAUAAUCACCGAUAAAAUUAAAGUACACUCGUCUUUUUUUUUUUUUUUAAAAAAAAAAAAUUGAGAUCAGAUCCUCUUAUUGUAGCACCUCCACAACCCUAAAGGAUUAAGAGAGGUCCCCACAAAACGAAACUUCCUGUUAACUCUUAAGAAACCAAUAAUAAAAGUAGUUUAGUUUAUACUAAGCUAGCUACUAGUAUAAAUAUACUAAUAUAUAGAGAGUAUUACCAACUCCAAACAUUAAUGUCCAACUAAUUCAAAACAUAUUUCAAGUGCCAGCUAAUUUUUUAAACGAUCUUUCAAACAUCAUCAAUUAUAUUUCAUUCCCCUGCCUUUUCCACCCCUAUAAAUAGCACCCUCAUUUGCUUCUGUUUUUACAAAUUAAGCCACAAAAAAAACAACUGUAUUUACUUACUUCUAAAUAAGGAAACUUUUAUUUCUUGUGAAUUUAAGCCUUUCAAGGGUAAAAUUGUCAUUUGAGUAUAUAAAUUCAAGAUAAUGGUGGCUGAAUUGUUGUCAAGAAUUGCUGCUGGAAAUGGGCAUGGUGAAGAAUCUGCCUAUUUUGAUGGGUGGAAAGCCUAUGAAAAUGACCCUUUUCACCCUGCUAAUAAUCCUACUGGUGUUAUUCAGAUGGGUCUUGCUGAAAAUCAGCUUUCUUUUGAUUUGGUGAAAGAGUGGAUUCUGAAAAAUCCUGGUGCUUCCAUUUGUACUGCUGAAGGAAUUGAACAAUUUCAGGAUAUUGCCAUCUUUCAAGACUACCAUGGUCUGCCAGCUUUUAGAAAUGCUGUAGCAAGUUUCAUGGAGAGAGUGAGAGGAAAUAAGGUGACAUUUGAUCCUGAUCGUAUAGUAAUGAGUGGUGGAGCUACUGGAGCCCAUGAAUUAAUGGCAUUUUGUUUGGCUAACCCUGGUGAAGCGUUCCUCGUUCCUACACCUUACUAUCCUGGAUUUGAUCGUGAUUUAAGGUGGAGAACAGGGGUGGAACUUGUCCCAGUUGAAUGUCAUAGCUCGAAUAACUUCAAAGUGACUCGAAAAUCGUUGGAAGAAGCAUAUAACAAAGCUCAAGAAGACAACAUUAUAGUAGAAGGUGUACUAAUAACAAACCCUUCGAACCCACUCGGCACAGUCCUAGACAGAGAGACCUUAUCAAGCAUAUUAGCCUUCACCAAUGAGAAAAACAUUCACUUAGUAUGUGACGAAAUUUAUGGUGCCACUGUCUUUGGAUAUCCAAAUUUCGUCAGCAUAGCGGAGAUCAUGCUCGAACAAGACCACAACCCGGAUUUAAUCCAUAUCGUUUACAGUCUAUCAAAAGAUUUAGGUUUUCCAGGGUUUAGAGUAGGGAUUGUGUACUCUUACAACGAUAAAGUUGUAAAUGUUGCAAGAAAAAUGUCGAGUUUCGGGCUAGUUUCGGCUCAAACACAACUGCUAAUAGCCUCGAUGCUAUCAGAUGAGGAGUUUGUCGAGAAGUUUCUGGUCGAAAGUAGCAAAAGACUCGAAACAAGGCACAAUUUAUUCACUUGGGGGCUAAACCAAGUAGGAAUUAAGUGCUUAAAGAGUAAUGCAGGACUUUUUGUGUGGAUGAACUUACGACCACUCAUCGAGCAAGAUCUAACGAUGGAAGGAGAGCUAGCCUUGUGGCGAGUAAUCAUCAACGAAGUGAAGAUCAAUGUGUCGCCGGGUUGUUCGUUCCAUUGCCAUGAGCCAGGUUGGUUCAGGGUUUGUAUUGCUAACAUGGAUGAUGAGACAAUGGAGGUGGCAUUGAAAAGGAUUAGGACAUUCGCGGCACAGAAGGUGGCUAAGCCUAAAUCUUCUGGUGCCGCGAAAAGGAAGUGCUGGCAAUCCAAUCUUCAGCUCAGAAUAUCAUCUCGAAGGUUGGAGGAUUUGAUGGGAGUUUCAUCACAACAUGGAUCUCCACACUCACCCAUGUCUCCCCUCGUUCGAGCUCAGACUUAAUUAGUUGUUUUAAUUAACAUGGUUUAAAGUGUAUCAUUUGGAAAAAUAAAAUUGAUCAUAAUGUUUAUAGUAUAGAGAUUAUUUAUCUUUUGUGACUUUGUGUGCAUAACUGAAUUGUAAAAUUUAUGAUCAUUUGUUUGUAUCUAGUAAUGAGAGUAGGAGAUUACAAAAAAAAAAAAAAAAAAUGUAUUUUGUAAUCUCCUUAGAAAAAAAUAUUCAUUGUAAUGUUAUCAAGCAAUCAAAGGAAAUUUAAUGAUUGAAAUUGAUUGAUUGAUUAACUCA